AUUUCUUUAUUAUAGGAAGAUUAAAUUAUUAUAAAUUGUGAUACGAGAAUUUUUAAGUUUGUUUAUGUUUAGCUGUUACACAAUUUUUCAUUACAUAUUAUGUACAAUUUCGCAUAAGGAAUAGAACAUAAGAAUAAGGAGGCUUCCAGUGAUAAACAUCUUAAUCGCUCAUCUAACAACCACUACCCUAACGUUAAUGAUUUAAUUAAUUAAUUAAUUAUUAACGCAUCGUUGGACCGUAAUAAUGAAAAACUAAUUGAAAUGUAUCAUUCGCAACAGUGUGCAACGAAGAACCGAAGUUGAUAGUGCAUUGUUAAGUGAAUGUAAAAAUGGACACGUUCGACAUUUAUGGACUCGUAGCUCCAGUUUUUACUCCACUCGAUGAAGAUGGCGAAAUCAAGUUUGACGUCAUCCCAAUAUACGCGAAAUAUCUGGCGAAGGAAAACAUCACUGGAGUUUUGGUUGGUGGGACAACGGGCGAAUUUGCGUCCUUCAAUACGCAAGAAAGGAAAGAGUUGGUGGAUGCUUGGUUGAAGGUUGCAGGGCCUUACAAGUUGCUGAACUUAAAAGUCAUUGUCCAGGUUGGCGGAGCAUCUUUGCCUGACGUCAUAACAAUGGCCCAACACGCCGAAGAACGCAAAGUAGACGCAAUAAUGACCCUGCCAGAACUCUACUUUCGUCCAAAGACCGCUGAGCACCUAGUCUCCUACUUAGAAGUCGUCAGUAAGGCUGCACCAAGUCUACCUAUACUGUACUACCAUUUCCCUAUGAUGACUGGAGUAAAUUUAAACAUUGCUGAAUUCUUCACGCUGGCAUGUAGGCGAAUCCCAAACUUUAUGGGUUUGAAAGCCGACCUGCAUGAUGCAACACAACUUGCAGACCAGCUAAAGUGUGGAAAAUUAACAUACAUUGCUAAUCAUAUGCUUGGGCCGUCAGCUUUAAUGGGCCAUGACUCCAGCAUCGCAACGGUAAACAAUAUUUUCCCAUCUCUAGUAAAAGACAUCGUUGAGCUAACUAAAUGCGGUGAAGUGGAUAAGGCUAAGAAACUGCAAGAUAAACUCAACUCUAUGGUUAACGGGAUAUCUUGUAACGGAGACUUUGUACCUUGUAUGAAAGCGGCAAUGGAGGUAGUGACAGGAAUCAAAGUGGGCCCACCGAGAAUGCCACAAAAACCUCUUAAUGAACCAGACAAGAAACGCGUUGAGGAUAUAUUGAAAAUGUAUAAAUAUUAAAUUCAGUAACACAACAUUUA